ACCGCGCGGAUCCGGCGGCUGCCGCCGCCAUGGCGCCGUUGCUGGGCCGCAAGCCCUUCCCGCUGGCCAAGCCGCUGCCGCCUGGGGAACCGGGGGAGCGCUUCAUCGUCCCGCACACGCAGGAGGCUUUCCGCACCCGCGAGGAGUAUGAAGCGCGGUUGGAGCGAUACAGCGAGCGAAUAUGGACGUGCAAGAGCACAGGAAGCAGCCAGCUGACACACAAAGAGGCCUGGGAGGAGGAGCAGGAAGUUGCUGAGCUCUUGAAGGAGGAGUUCCCCAUCUGGUAUGAGAAACCGGUGCUGGAAAUAGUUCACCACAACACCGUAUCUUUGGAGAAGCUGGUGGAUGCAGCUUGGGUGGAGAUCAUGACCAAAUUUGCAGUGGGAGAGGAGUGUGAUCUUGAGGUCGGUAAGGAGAAAAUGCUGCCUGUGAAAGUUGUGAAAAUACAUCCCCUGGAGAAAGUUGAUGAAGAGGCCUCUGAAAAGAAAUCUGAAGGAGCCUGCGAUUCCCCAUCCAGUGAUAAAGAGAAUUCCAGCCAGGCAGCCCAGGACAAUCAGAAGGAGUCUAUCCUGAAGGAGGAAGACAACAGGAAGGAAAGUAUGAAUGAUCGAGCACGUCGGUCUCCUCGGAAGCUUCCUACUUCUUUGAAAAAGGAAGAAAGAAAGUGGGUUCCACCAAAAUUCCUGCCCCACAAGUAUGAUGUCAAGCUGAAAAAUGAAGACAAGAUCAUCAGCAAUGUGCCAGCAGACAGCUUGGUCCGUACGGAGCGUCCUCCCAACAAGGAGAUCCUGAGGUACUUCAUCCGGCACAACGCGCUGCGCGCUGGCAUCGGUGAGAACGCCCCGUGGGUGGUGGAGGAUGAGCUGGUGAAGAAAUAUUCUCUCCCCAGCAAAUUUAGUGACUUCUUGCUUGACCCGCAUAAGUAUAUGACUCUCAACCCCUCAACCAAGAGGAAGAGCUCUGGGUCACCUGACAGAAAACCUUCCAAGAAAUCCAAAACUGAUGGAUCAUCUUUGAGUCAGCCACUGAGCCCUACCUUGUGGUGUCACGUGCAUUUGGAGAAAUCUAUUAUUGGCUCCCCACUGAAGAUGAAAAACUCCAAGAUCUCAAAAUGUCCCAAAGAGGAGUUGGAAGAGAUGAUGAAAAUCAUGUCGCCUGGUAAACUUGAUUCUAACUUUCACAUUCCAAAGAGGAGCCGACUGGGAAAGGGCAGCAACAAAUCCUUGGACAAAAAGCAGAGAGGCAAAAGGGUUUUAAAUGGGCAGAAAACGUCUGGGAAAUCAAAGUCUCCUGGGAAAGGCUUGAAGACCCCUAAGAUGAAAAUGAAGCAGAUGACGCUCCUGGACAUGGCUAAAGGUACCACCAAGGUGUCCAGGACUCCCAGGAGCUCUGGAGGCACCCCUCGGUCUUCCAGCAAACCGCAGAAGCUGCCUCCUGCAGCACUGCAUCUGAUUGCCUACUACAAAGAGAACAAAGACCGGGAAGAGAAAAAAAGUGCACUCUCCUGCAUCAUCUCCAAAACAGCCAGGCUGCUCUCGAACGAGGAUCGUGCCCGACUUCCUGAGGAUUUACGAGGGCUGGUACAGAAGCGCUAUGAGCUCCUCGAGCACAGGAAGAAAUUGGCCACCAUGACAGAGGAGCAGCGGAAGGAGUAUCUGAAGAAGAAAAGGGAAAAGCUGAAAGAGAAACUGAAGGAGAGAGCGAAAGAGCGCAAGGAGAAGGAGAUGAAGGAAAAACUGGAAAAAAACAGAAGAUUUGAGGACCAAGAUCUCAAGGGGAAGAACUUGCCCACAUUUAAACUGGUUGAUACUCCAGAAGGGCUUCCUAAUACGCUCUUUGGGGAUGUUGCCAUGGUUGUGGAAUUCCUGAGCUGUUACUCAGGGCUACUGAUGCCAGAUGCUCAGUAUCCCAUUACAGCAGUCUCCUUGAUGGAAGCUCUCUGUGCAGAAAAGGGAGGCUUCCUUUACUUGAACCGGGUACUCGUCAUUCUUCUGCAGACCCUGCUGCAGGAUGAAAUUGCUGAAGAUUAUGCUGAGCUAGGGAUGAAGCUCUCUGAAAUACCACUUACGCUGCAUUCUGCUUCUGAGUUGGUCCGCCUGUGCUUACGCAAGUCGGACGUACAGGAGGAAAGCGAGGCCUCAGAUAAUGUAGAUGAAAGCAAGGAUUCGGCGACUUUUGAAGAUAAUGAAGUACAAGAUGAGUUUCUGGAGAAGCUGGAGACGUCGGAGUUCUUCGAGUUGACUCCUGAAGAGAAAUUACAGAUACUCGGGGCGCUCUGCCACCGGAUCCUGAUGACCUACUCGGUGCAGGAUCACGUAGAGGCCAAGCAGCAGGCCUCAGCCGAGCUGUGGAAGGAGCGCCUCGCUAUCCUGAAGGAGGAGAACGACAAGAAGAGAGCCGAAAAACAGAAGCGGAAAGAAAUGGUGGCCAAGAACAAGGAGAAUGGGAAAGAUGAAAAUGCAAUGGGGAGAAACGAGAAGAAAAAAAAUGAGAUUGUGAAAAUUGAGCACCGGGUAGAAAUAGAAGCUGAUGAUAUGAUCAGUGCUGUGAAGAGCAGACGCCUUCUUGCUAUCCAAGCCAAGAAAGAAAGGGAGCAACAAGAAAGGCAAAUGAGAGUGAGAAUGGAGAAGGAAGCAGAGGAAGAAAGAAUCCGGAAGCAUAAAGCUGCAGCUGAGAAGACGUUCCAGGAUGGGAUUGCCAAAGCAAAGCUUGUGAUGCGCAGAACCCCAGUUGGCACUGACCGCAAUCACAACAGGUAUUGGCUGUUCUCGGAUGAGGUCCCUGGCUUGUUCAUUGAGAAAGGUUGGGUACAUGACAGUAUAGACUACAGAUUCAUCCUUCCUCAUCAGAAAAAAGAAGAAGCCAGAAAAGACUACAGCUCAGGAGACAAGCGGAAGAGCACAGCCGCUGAUGGCAGAAUGAGUGCACUUCACAGGUCUGCAUGUGCUGCAGACCUCCCUGCAGAGACCACUGCACCCAAGCAAGGACAGAACUUAUGGUUUCUCUGUGACAGUCAGAAGGACUUGGAUGAGCUGAUAGACUGCCUGCAUCCACAAGGAGUAAGAGAGAGCCAGCUAAAGGAGCGCUUGGAGAAAAAGUAUCAGGACAUCACACAUUCUAUGCACUUGGCUCGGAAACAGAACUUGGGCCUCAAAUCCUGUGAUGGCAACCAGGAACUGCUGAACUACCUCCGAAGUGAUCUCAUUGAGGUUGCAACUCGGCUGCAGAAAGGAGGGUUGGGAUACGUUGAUGUGACACCAGAAUUUGAAGCAAGAGUAUACUCACUGGAGAGCCUAAAGGAUUUUGGAGAGUGUGUGAUUGCACUCCAAGCUGGUGUUAUUAAGAAGUUUCUGCAAGGUUUCAUGGCCCCUAAGCAGAAGAGAAGGAAACAUCAAGGAGAGGACUACAUUGCCAAGGCUGAGGAGGUAGAUGAAGAAAAGAAAAUGGCAGAAGAAGCUAAGGUUGCUUCAGCCAUGGAGAAGUGGAAGACGGCAAUCCGUGAGGCCCAGACCUUCUCCCGUAUGCACGUGCUGCUCGGGAUGCUGGAUGCCUGUAUCAAGUGGGAUAUGUCAGCAGAGAACGCCCGGUGCAAAGUGUGUCGCAAGAAAGGUGAGGAUGACAAGCUGAUCCUGUGUGACGAGUGCAACAAAGCCUUCCACCUGUUCUGCCUGAGACCAGCACUCUAUGAGAUACCAGAUGGAGAAUGGCAGUGCCCAGCUUGUCAGCCCUCCACUGCCAGGCGCAGCUCCCGGGGCAGGAACUACACAGAGGAUUCUGCUGAAGAUGAAGGUGAAGAAGGUGAGGAAGCUUCUGAUGAGCAAGAUGCUGAGGAAGAAGAAGAGGAAGAAGAAGAUUAUGAAGUCGCUGGAUUGAAACUGAGACCCAGAAAGGCCGCCCGCGGCAAGCAGAGCACAGCCAUGUACUCCUCGAGGCAGGGAAGGCACCAAAGGAAGAAGCAGUCGCUGCACCCUGCCAGGGGACCCCGGCAGCGGGCUGCACCUGUCAACAGCGCAGACAUUGAUGAGCUGGUCCUUCAAACAAGGAAGACGGCGCGUCGCCAGAGCCUCGAGCUGCAGAAGUGUGAGGAAAUCCUCAGCAAGCUGAUCAAGUACCGCUUCAGCUGGCCCUUCAGGGAGCCAGUGACCACAGAAGACGCCGAAGAUUGCUGUGAGGUCAUCAGCAACCCCAUGGACUUCCAGACUAUGCAGAGCAAGUGCUCUUGUGGCAAUUACCGCUCAGUGCAGGAGUUCCUCUCUGACAUGAAGCAGGUGUUCUCCAACGCCGAGCGCUACAACCAGAACGGGAGUCACGUACUGUCCUGCCUGGAGAAGACGGAACAGUGUUUGAUCGACAUGGUGCACAAGCACCUGCCUGGCCACACCUACGCACGCAGAAAACGCAAGAAGCUCUCUGCUGGUUGCCAGGGACUGGAGGAGCAGGAAGGGGACAGUGAGUCCGAGCCCCUUGAGCAUUCCCGGGGGCGGAGAAGGAAGAAGUGAGGGAUGGCGGGGAGGGGGGGGGGACCCGGGGGAGAGCCAGAGCUGGAGCAGGCCUUCUGGUGCUGCUGGGCAGCAGGAUGGGUUGUCUGGAGGGAGUAAAGAAGCAGCAGGGCACUUUGCUAUUAAUCCAGCCUUUCCUUUGGCCCAUCUUAACUUUAAUUUUUCUGCAGUUUCCUCAAAUGUUUUGUCAUCCGUUGAGCGAGUGGAGAUGACUUAACUGCUUCCUGCAAAUUACACAGAGAUGAUACGUGUCUGUCCUUCCAGGAGGGGAAGGCGGGAGGGCGAAGGAAAGGCCUGGCCAAAGCCUGACUGGGCAGGGGAGCACGAAGCCUACUCCAGCUCCAGCCCUGCCGCUGCCUCGGGCUCUGCUGCCUGCACUGUGAGAUCGGCCCCGAGCUGUGCAGGGAGGGAUUGUGUUGCUCCACGGACAGAGUGGGUGCGACCAGGCCAACGGGCUGCUAGUUCUUGUAUGUAUAUAUUUAUAUGGUGUUAAUUUUGAGCCCCUGCUGCAGGGCCGCGUAGCGAGCAAGCACUUACUUUUAUGGAGACACAGCUUUCACCAGCAUCCUAACACAAUUGGCUUCGAGGUGCUCUCGCUUUUCCCCCCUCUCUUCUCGGGGAGCGAUCUCUGGAGUUGUUGUGCUCCAGAGGGGUCUUCCGAGCUCAGCUCUGUGCCGAGGUGGCAGAGUAGGCAGCAGGUUUCCCUGCUCACCUUGACCAGCACGCAGUCGUAGCCCUUUGGAUGAACCGAGUGCCAGAAGCAUACGGGAGAGCAUGGUUUUCUGCACGCCCCUGGGGAGCUCAAGGGCAAGGGGAGCAGCAGAAACAUGUUACGUUUAACUUUUUAAAUUAAUUUUCUAGUAAUUGAAAGUGGCUUGUUUCUAGCUGUGAUCUUGUAUAAAGAACACCUGUAAGAUACCGUUGUCUUGCUUUGGCACAUGUACAGUUUAUAUCAAAUGGUGUUUGCUGUAUAUUUUCCCCCUCUGAAAACUCAUUUUCCUAUCAGUAGCUGGGGUCGCACCGGGGCACUCGUGAGGGUCCCCAGUCCCUCUCCAGCCGUGCUCUCAUCUCCUGCAGUCACACCUCCCUUAGCUCACCUCCCUCGCGCCCUCGGUGCCUCAGGCUGCCCCUCGCUGGCCGUGUCCCAGCAGUGGGUUCUGCCAUUCGGCACACCGGCUUUUCUCUAAGAAAAGAGUGUUCUUUAAUCACCUUUCCAUCAUGACAGAUUUUGAUCAUACAAUCAGGGCUUGAACUUUUUAUUAUGGAGUUCUGCAGUUUGGAACAAACUAGCUACAGGGCUGCUCUGUCCCGGCUUUGUGACACGGAAAAACGGAAGCAGCAGUUGCAGCUCCUGUGAUUUGAGAAUAAAAGGAUCCUCGGUGACAAGUUGCAGCCUAGUUUUGUGGAGUUUUUGGUUUGUUGUUUUGUUAACAGGUAUUUGUUUCAGUUCUGACUGCUGAAGGCUGCAGCCACAAGACACAUUUCCAGCCACCUCCCCCCACCCCAGCCUCAGCUCCUGCCCCACGGAGUAGCACUGACGUUUGUAUCUCGCACGUCCCCAUCAGAGGCCAUGUUUUGUCCUGUUAAUAGAGAACAUUUUCUGCAGGUCCUACACAGUGAAACCUUUGGAACCGUACGUUUUUUAAAAAUAAAUGUCAUUUGUGGGGGGAGGGGGGUUUCUCCUAAGGGCUGUACUUGUAAUAAGUUGGAAAAUGAAAAAUAAACAUUAUGUACUUGUGUUUGUAAA